AUUCUCAAACACUUUUCACCCGCACUUUCCCACUCUGCAUUUUCUCUGUUUCAUGCUGGUUUUUCUUCUUCUGUAAAUGGCUGCCCAACGUCUCUGUUUUUGCUUCUGCUUUUUUCUACCUCUCUUGGUCCUUCUUCCUUCUUCAUCACUUCAGCUAUCUCCAAAGCUCAAUUUCUCAGAUCUCAAAGCUCUUAUCGCCAUCAAGAACUCUCUCACUCCCAUUUAUAACACCAGACAUUCCUUCUUCUCCACCUGGGACUACACCUCACCGGACCCCUGUUCUUCCUUCUCCGGCGUCACUUGCUCUCUCUUACAACCUGCUUCCCUCCGGGUGACCAUUCUCUCACUCGGAGACUCACCGGGGCUCGCCGGCUCUCUCCCGGCCGCCAUCUCUGGGCUCACCGAGCUCACUCAACUCAUCCUCUCCCCCGGCAUUGUCACCGGCUCAAUCCCCCCCGAGAUCGGGAAACUCACGAAACUUCGAGUCAUUUCCUUGCCCAGUAAUCGCUUCACCGGCAGAAUACCCGCCACAUUCUCCUCCUUGAACAGCCUCCACACGCUUGACCUGAGUCAUAACCAACUCACCGGGUCAGUCCCGCCGGGUCUUACCAAGUUACCAGAGCUCAAAGUCCUCAUAUUAGCCUUCAACUCCGUCUCCGGUGAGUUGCCGUCAAUAUCCUCUCAACUCCUGCAUCUGGAUUUGAAGAACAACUUCCUCGCCGGACAGUUGCCGCCGUCGCUGCCGUCGCUGCCGUCAUCCCUCCGUUAUCUUUCGCUGUCAAAUAAUCGCAUGUGGGGUCCACUCAGUGGCUUGGCACCACUCACUGAGUUAACGUUCCUUGACUUGGGCAUGAAUCAGUUUAGUGGGCCCGUACCGGACCCACUGUUCUUCAUCCCCACACUCUCUUCACUCUUCUUGCAACGGAACAAUCUAUCAGGUGGGAUCCCACCAACGGCUCAGGGAACGUUAAUCUCGACGUCGCCAUCGUACGGCCAGGGAUCAAUCGUUGACUUGAGCCACAAUUUUUUGACCGGAGAGUUAUCGACCGUUCUAAAUGGGGUUGAGAGUCUGUUCUUGAAUAAUAACCGUCUGACGGGGACGGUGCCUGAGGAGUAUUUUAGAAGCGUGAGCAGUGGUAGCACGAAAACAUUAUACCUUCAACAUAACUACUUCACUGGGUUUCCACGCGUUAAUGGGUUGCCUGAUACGGCGUCAUUGUGCUUGUCUUAUAAUUGUAUGGUGCCACCGUUGUGGGGGGUGAUGACGUGUCCGGCGAGCAGCGGUGGCCCCAUGUCGAGGCCGACGGCUCAAUGUUCAAUGUUCAAAAACGGCAGCUCGAAAGGCUAAGACAGAGUUUGGUUUGCCGUUCACAAGCUUGAGUUGGUGGUUUAUACUUUUAAAAUUGUAUCAUCGAAAGAAAUACAUUAAUUGAUACUCGUACUAAAUUUUUUUAAUUAAAUUACUGAUACGUGUUUUACUUUUACAUUUAUAUAUAUUUGUGUAUAAUUGCAAAAUAGUGCUGCUUUUAUACGCCAGCUCAUGUUUCAAUGAAAGUUAUCAAAUUUUAUCUGCGUCAA